GCCAAGUUUAUAAAGGAAAAGAAAAUAAGAGUGAAGAAAAAAAACAUAUGAUGAUGAAUCAAGGUAGCUAAAGAGGAUGAUGAGUGCAGGAGAUAACGGUCAACUGUCGGUUCCACCAGGUUUUCGGUUUCACCCAACGGAUGAGGAGUUGCUCUACUAUUACUUGCGAAAGAAGGUAUCAUACGAGGCGAUUGAUCUUGAUGUUAUUAGAGAAGUAGACCUCAACAAACUGGAGCCAUGGGACUUAAAAGAUAAGUGUAGAAUCGGGUCGGGUUCGCAACACGAAUGGUACUUCUUUAGCCACAAGGACAAAAAGUAUCCGACUGGAACACGAACAAACCGCGCCACGGCUGCUGGAUUUUGGAAAGCAACCGGGCGAGACAAGGCCAUCCAUCUCCAUAGCAAUUCCAAGAGAAUCGGGUUGCGAAAGACCCUGGUAUUUUACACCGGACGGGCCCCUCAUGGCCAGAAGACCGAUUGGAUCAUGCACGAGUAUCGGUUAGAUGAUGAAUAUACCAAUGUCGCGACACCAUCAGAGAUAGAGGUCCAGGAAGAUGGUUGGGUCGUAUGUCGCGUAUUCAAGAAAAAGAACCAUAAUCGAAGCCCGUUUCAAGCAGACGAUCAUCAAGAUCAUACUCUUUACGCCGAAGAAGAGCAUCAUCACUUUGUUGAUCAAGAAAUGAACAAGCAUGGAAAUGGUAUGCAAACUUUACAUAGCUACAAUUGCAACAUUAGUAGCAAUCCACCACUAUUUGAUGGUUCCAUGCAUCUUCCUCAGUUGUUAACUUCCCCUCAUGAACACAUCCCAUAUUUUCCAUCACAACAUCAAACCCGCCAUAUCGCCAACAACAACAACGAGACGGGUACUAUGAUGGUAAACGACAUGGAUUGUUCCAAGAACUUGUUGAGCUUAAUGUCAAUGAGUCACAGUGGUCGUGAUCAGUCACAAGACAAGCCGUUUUUCGCGACUAGUAAUGUGACCGCGGAUUGGUCUUUCUUGGACAAGCUUCUAGCUUCAAACCAACAUCAUCCUGGGCUAACCUUUGAUCAUCACAAUCAACAAGGAGCAUGUAAUGAUCCUUCAUCUUCACAACACUAUCAUCCUCCUGAUGUGGGCCCACCAUCUAAUAUAUUUCCUAUCCAUAAUUACCUUGGUUAUGAAACCGAUCUUUUGAAGUUCUCUAAGUAGAUCCAGGAGGAUGGAACGAAUCGUUAUAAAAUAUGGGAAUGAAUGUAGUGUAUUUCGUUCUUGUUCAUUACUUGAGCUCUUCAACUUAUAGCUAGGUAAUAUAAAUUUGUUGAGUUUUUCAAUCAUAGUGAUACAUAUGCAUCUAGUAAGUUUAAUAUUUGAUUUUUGUUUA